AUGGACUUCUCCUUUGAGGACUUCAUAGAUCAUGAGGCCCAUGACGAUCUACUCCUCCUUCCAGGAGUUACCGGACUGCCCGACGAUGCUCCAGCACCGCCCCUGACUGCAUCGCAGUCCUUCCUGGACGACAGCGUUCUGGUGGACCUCGACUUUGACGACGACCGACCCAACCUUUCGCUCGAGGCGUUCUUCAGCAGCAACGGGGGAUGGCGGCCGGCGGUGCCCUGCGACCACUGCCGAACAAGGCGGCUGCAGUGUAUCAUGCUGCAGACCACGACGGUCAAUCCAAAUCCCGUCAUGUCGUGCUCGAGCUGCGCGGCGUUGUUCAGGAGCUGCAGCCUGGCCCAAAAGAUAAAACGACAGCCUUCCGAAUUUGAGACGCCCGACCCAGUCAUUGGGCAGCUUCAUGGAGUUACUGAAGACCAUCUACUGGACUUCUUCAAGCAGGAUCCCACCACGACAGCACAUGAUAUUUCCGGUGGGCCCAUCGACGAGGACUCAAUGUCACACAAGCGGGCAGCGUCGCGGCACGUCAGCCGCACAAAGCCGCUACGGACCUGGCUCGUGGCCCACAGUGACAAUCCGUACCCGACUGUCGAGGAGAAGGAGCAACUUGGCAGUGCAACAGGCCUCACAGCUGUCCAGAUCGCCAACUGGUUUGCCAAUGCAAGACGACGGCAGCGACAGACGGCUCGGGCGGUCCGAAAACAGUCGCACUUUUCUCGUGGGUCGCCGAUGCCGUCACCAAGCAAUUACAGCAUGUCGCCCAUGCAGAGAUGGCGCAACUCGCCCCCAGAACAGGAAGGAAUAUCAGUCGCAGCGAUCGAGCGAGCCAUCGGAACGCCUGCCCAGCAGGUACAGUGGUUGGGGCAGCACUCGAGCGGUGCCUCGAGUACCUCCUCCCUUACAGACCUGGACGGCUACGACAGUGGCAGUAUGAUGAGUUGUGCAUCAUCCGUGUCCCACGUGUCGUCCAUGUCUGCCUUUGACGACCAGUCUCUAGCCUCCCUGGCUAUGUCGUUCAAUGCGGAUGAACUCCUUGUCGAGAAACGUCCCACACGAAGGCAAUCUCGAGUUGCUCUGCACGCCUGCAAGACUUGCCUAAGGCAGUUCAAGAAGCGGUCCGAUCUGACACGCCACGAGUCGACAAUACACUCGGCAACCACGCGAUCUUGGAUCUGCUCAUUACCAGUGCCUCCCGACCAGUCUCUCGUAGUGUGGUGCACCGACAGUGGCACACCGCAAUGCUUGCUAUGUGGGUGCGAGCAGCCUGACGAAGCGCACCUGUCUACUCACGAGUUCGACGCGUGUGCCGAAAGGAGCCUCCCGGAUCGGACCUUUGCCCGCAAAGAUCAUCUCUGGCAACAUUUGCGCAAGUUUCACGGAUGCAAGAAAUGGGCUGGGUGGAAACCAGAGCUGGACAUACUGUCACAUGAAGUAGAGUCGGCGGGUUGA